GCCUGGCCAGGGGCUGCUGUUCUCAGUGCUGAUUCCAGCCGCGACGAGGGGCUGACUGCAGGAGAGAGUUAAGCACGGGGCCGAGUCGACAGCAUCCUCCCCUCUCCCUCUUCUCCCCUCGUUUCUCUUCGCCACCUCUCAACAUCGCUUGGAGAAAAAAGGUCAACGAAAUGGUGUGUUAACGAAUAUGUGCGAUGGAUCAAUAAAAAUGAUGGAUUCACUUCUCUCCAUUCUCAUCGUCCUCUUGGCUUUCCAUACCCAUUUGAUCGUCACCGCUGACAGGAAAUUCGGCUGCCUGUUGGAGAAUGGGCUGUGUUCACCGUAUGAGUUCUGUGUCAACGACGGAGUGUUUGGAAGGUGCCAGAGGGUUCCUGUGACAGACGUACGCCCGUAUGAAGUGUCACCAUCAGCCCUACUGCGCCUCCGGACCCUCCUCCAGAAACUGUCCCUCAGAGGCUUGAGUUGGCAAGAUGACGCAACCCAACAGGCGGUUUCCAAGGAGCUCUCCAAACUUCGGAGGGUUUCCUACGGACGCUCCGAGACUGGCCCAACCAGCGGUCCCAGGAAGCCGAAACCUGUGGAGGUGGGGCUAAGCCGGUCCCUGAAGAAAUACCUGCAGGACCUCAGCUUCAGGCCCCGCCCUGCUGCCCCACCCAUCCCCAGACUGAAGGGCGAUGCCCUCUUUAGCAAGGCUUUGUACCAGGACACGCCCCCUGCUCCGAAGGCCUUUGCCCCACUCCCAGCCAAGGGCCCCCCUGCAGCAGCAGCUCCAGCAGGCCUCUCCAGUGCCCCGCCUGGCAAAGCCAGGGUGCUGAAGCUCCUGGCCGCCCUGGAGCAGCACCCGUGGAGGAAGCCGCCAGCCCAGCGACCCGCCGUGGCCCGCCCCCCUGCCACGGCGCAGGGCUCCCUGGUGCACGGUGGGAGGUGGCGCCCGCUCCUCGACACCCAGGCUGAGAGCGCUGGCCCCAAGGGACACCUGGACAUGUUCGCAGGAAAGGCCCUUUUCCAGAUGCUUCCGGAAACCUCCAGACCUCAGAGGCCCAAAGCUGACAGGCUUCUCCUCAAGGCCAGCCCCAGCCAAACGAUGACCAAGGAGCCCCUCAGUGCCCUGGAUGAGACAUUUAUCCAGAAUGUGGUGAGGCAGUUGGGCAGGCACAGUGUGAACGUGGAUGCCCUGAACCCCAAGGAACUGGACCAGCUGGGUGACAUCAUCGCUGACACCCUGCAGGUGGUGGACGGGGGUGGGGCCAGAGAGGACACAAAGAGAGAACCGCCGUCCUCCACCGCGGCGGACCGAGAUGGGGAGCUGAGCGAGGACACCGUUCCCCAAGAGCAACAAAUUGAGGAAGGGAAGCCCGACUCCAGUGAGAAGAACAAGAUCUUCCUGAACAAGUUGUUAGAGUACCUGGACAGCAGCUCCUCUACCGACACCCCCAGUUUGGACGUCCAGAGGGAGGAGGGUCAACCGGGAACCCCCGGCAGGGCGGAGGCUUCGGGCGGCCCUUCUGCUGAUGAGAAAGGGGUGGGGACAGAGAACGUGAUGAGCAGGACCGUCCAAUCCGGGGCCACCGUGGAGAAGGAGGCGGGCCCAGGGGAUUCCGCUGAGCUUCUGGAGGUGGAGCGCUGGAUCCAAAGCCCCGCCCCCAUCGCCAUGUCUGCGAUCCCGGCCGAGCCGCAGAGGAAAGCCGCAGCGGCGGAGAAGGAGGCGGAGCUAAAGCUCGAUGUCCAUUCCGUCUCAGCCCCGGAGAGCCAGAGUGACUUUGGCUACAUCAUAACGGACUCGGACUCACUCAGCACAGACGAGGGCUUGCGGCUAAUGGACCUGCUGGCACGUCGCGUCAAGAUGCGUUUCAGCGACUUCCUGGAACUGUCAGUGCAGGGCCCAGCUGUGACCUUCAAAGUGCGGCCCAACCCUCAGCACGUCUCCGCCGCAGAUGUGGCCCAUGCGGCAGCUCAGAGCAAAGGGCCGCUGGAGGAGGAGACGGGCCUGCAGAUCCUCCAGGUCGGAGUGAGUGAUAAAAGCAAACCGAGCCAGCUGCCCACCGAGUACAAGGGCUCGGAGUCGGUGAAGUUCCUGGCCCUGACGGUGGUCUCCAUCGUGUGCAUCAUGGGAGUCUUGCUGGGCUCCGGACUGAUGUUCUGCCUCCGCCACCGAUCCCACCACAAGCUGAAGGAGAAGCUCACCAACCUGGGCGCAGAAUCCAGCGCUGAGGCCCCAGCCGCCUAUCAGGAGCUGUGUCGACAGCGCAUGGCGGUAAGGACGGCGGAACGUCCGGAGCCCCUGCACACCUCCCGAAUCAGCAGCGUGUCGUCACAGCUGAGCGACGGGCCCUCUCCCAGCCCCUCCGCACGGAGCAGCACCUCCAUGUGGAGCGAGGAGCCCGCCCAGUCCAACAUGGACAUCUCCACCGGUCACAUGAUCCUGACUUACAUGGAGGACCACUUGAAGAACAAGAACCGGCUGGAGAAAGAGUGGGAGGCCCUGUGCAGCUACCAGGCCGAGCCCAACGGCUGCACCGUCGGCCUUAAGGACCAGAAUGGCAAAAAGAACCGCUCAGAAGCGGUGGUCGUGUAUGACCACUGCAGGAUAGCCUUGAAGGCAGAAAACAACCUUGGAAAUUCAGAUUACAUAAACGCCAGCCCAAUUAUGGACCAUGAUCCUCGCAACCCAGCCUAUAUCGCCACACAGGGUCCACUGCCAUCCACCGUCGCCGAUUUUUGGCAGAUGGUGUGGGAGAGCGGCUGCGUGGUCAUUGUCAUGCUGACGCCUGUCGCUGAGAAUGGAGUCAAGCAGAGCUACCACUACUGGCCGGACGAGGGCUCGAACCUCUACCACAUUUACGAGGUGAACCUGGUGUCGGAGCACAUUUGGUGUGAGGACUUUCUGGUGCGGAGUUUCUACCUAAAGAACCUGCAGACAAAUGAGACACGCACGGUGACUCAGUUUCACUUCUUGACUUGGCUGAACCAGAAUGUUCCGGAUUCAGCGAGAACUCUCCUGGACUUCCGCAGAAAAGUUAACAAGUGCUACAGAGGUCGGUCUUGUCCAAUAAUUGUCCAUUGCAGUGAUGGUGCUGGAAGAAGUGGAACGUAUAUUCUGAUUGACAUGGUUCUCAACAAGAUGGCUAAAGGUGCUAAAGAGAUUGAUAUUGCUGCUACGCUGGAGCACUUGAGGGACCAGAGGCCUGGUAUGGUCCAGACAAAGGAGCAGUUUGAGUUUGCACUGACAGCUGUUGCAGAGGAGGUGAACGCCAUUCUCAAAGCGCUUCCACAAUGAAAGACGCAAGCUGUCCCUCGCUCCCAUGACGACCGCUCCUGGCCCUUUCUUCUGCCGUCUCCGUCUUUGUGAAUGUCGUAGCAGAAACGUGACCUGAUCUUAACCGUGUCGUAAUCUGUUAGAAGCGUUUCAGUGCUGGUAAUGAAAACUAUUUUCACAGAUAUAAAAGUGUUUCUCUAUUGUAAAUGGAAUAAAUAUAAUGAGUAUCGGAACCUUGGUUUUUAGGUGUGUGCAUAUUACAUCAUAAAUUGGGUCGAGUCAAUUAUUUAGACUGGUGCAGCUUCAGGAAAUUGUAAUGACUUUAGCAAUUUUUAACCUUUGGUCUUAAACCAUUAUACUCUUGGUUAUACUAAUGAACUCUGUACCUUAUUGUGUGUCAUUGGCUAUAACUGUUAUGUACAGUGGGCUGUGUGUGCUGAUGGGCUAGUUUUAGAGAUGUAUAAGAACAUGAACUAUUUGCAGCCAUCACUGCAUUCAUUUAAAUUUGGUGACAAAUAGCGAAACCUCAGUAACAACAAAAUUAUCAAGCAAUAUGCAGUUAGCCAAGAUAAUCAGGAUUUUAGAAAAGUGAUUUAUAUGAAUUUUCACAUACCAGGUUAUAUCUUUCAUCAGUGUGACCCAUGUAUAAUUAUUGAAAUAACCCUAUGUACAAAUUCAUCCAUUCAGUGGUAUGAAAAACAGGUUCCAUAAAUUGUACAAUGAGAAUAAUCUUUUGUGUGUAAAUAGCGUAAUUCCACCUGAUUAAAAAUAAACCUCCAUCAUGGUUUAUUCAUGCCAUUA